CAGCGUUUACGUUCCCUGGUUCCCGUGUGGCGUGUUCAACACUACUACAAUAGUCGUCAGUCGUCACUCGGCAGUCGUUAUUCGUCAGUCUUGUGUGUUGUGCGCUUAGUCGUUACUGUUUCUUGUGUCGUCCGAGAACAGUUUUUAUUUUUAUUUAAACAUUUUUCGACGUAUCAAAUCCCGGCGUGUUAUCAAUUUUCCACUAGUUCCCUCGCCAUUUAUACGCGACAAUAUCAAAAAUCGGAGGUGUUGGUGCGACUAACAAGUACGGUCCACGACGAUAUCAGCAAUAUAUUUCAGCCACACAUUUCGCAUUUACGCCCAAAUAUCGAUUUCCAGUUGGCUGGGAAACCGACAUAAAAUUUAAGCUAAAUUUCUGAUACAGCUUUUAAAACAAGUGCAAUGGGAGAAAGACGUGGCACUAAAGCAUUAGAAUUAUGGUGUAAGCGAGUGACUCAAGGAUACGAUGGAGUGUCUAUUGAAAAUAUGUCUACUUCGUGGAAAGACGGACUUGCAUUUUGUGCUCUUAUUCAUCAUUUUAGACCUGAUUUGAUUGAUUAUAAUAGUUUGGACAAAAAUGAUAUUUACGGUAACAAUGAGUUGGCUUUUCGAGUUGCUGAAAAUCACCUGGGUAUUCCUGCUCUUUUAGAUCCUGAAGACAUGGUUUGCGUCGAAAUACCAGACAGAUUGUCGAUAUUAACUUAUCUCUCACAGUUCUACCAAACUUUUUCAUCACAAGCUACGACGCCUGUGAAAACAUCACCUGAAUCGCCAACUACAGUUGAACGGCCUAGAACUAAUACAGGAUCCGGUCAAAAUGCUCCAACAAAGUUGGGCGCAGGCGUUGGCGGUUGUAGAGUGUGCAACCAGUCCGUGUUCCUAGCCCAACGUCUGCUCAUAUCUGGCCACCUGUUUCAUCGGACGUGUUUUAAGUGCGCCCGGUGUGCCGCCCUGCUAAGCGUGGCUAACUACUACGAGACGCAGGACGGCAAGUACUGCUGCGAAACAUGCCCGGACGAGGAGCGGAAAGUUUCGCCGACCGUGUCACUGACGGUGACGGCGACGGCGACGACGUCGUUGCAGCCACCGCCGUCGUCGUCAUCGUUGGUCGGUGACCGCCGGGCACUGUUCGAAACGCUGGCCGCCGCCGAUUGUACAGAUGACGUGAAAGCGUCGAAAAAGGCGCAGCGGCCGGUCACACUUAGAAUGGCUGAUCCGUUGACGACCACCACCGUCACCGAGAAGGCCGCCAUCACAUGCAGCGACGACAAUGACAGCGGCGUAGUGGUGGACAGCGACAAAAAAGAGUCGAGCGAUGCGAAAACCUCAACUAGCAUCACCGGUAGUCGUGAAACCCUUUCGGACGUGGUGGUGGAUGUCGUCGAGGAGGACGGCGGAUCGAUGCCGCAGGACGAGGAACGAGCGACGGACCCUGCCAUGGCUGUCGCCGUAUCCGAUCAACUGCCAGAUGUCGUCCCACCCGUCGUGUUGUCGCCACCCCCUCUUCCGUCGUUGACGGACAAUUCGAACCCACCCGACGACGAUAUCGCGGUCGAAAUAUCGAAACUUGUUCAUUUACCGCCUCUAUCUGAUGAUUUGAAACAAGUCCUCGAACUUCCUCCGGUUAGUAAAGCUCCCGUUGAAGAGCAGCUUGACUCACCGGAGGAUUACGAAAUAAAAACUCUAUCCAACAAGCUGCUUAAAAUGGAUUACUACGAGAGUAAUAAAGAGGUACCGGUUCCUAGUCCUAGAAAAAGAAUUAAAUCUCCAAUAAAAAUAAAUUACCCUGAAAAUUUAAAUCCUUUCGAUGACGAAGAGGACGAUGGUAACAAAAAAAAUAAAGAUAGCACUAAUCCGUUUGGAUCCGAUUUAGAAGACGAAGAUGACKAYGUACUUUCAGCCAAGAAGAAUAUUAGUUUGAAUCCRUUUUCGAGUGAUGAGGAUGAAAACGAACCUUUUUCACAGCCCCCAUUGCCCAAACCUAGGAAAAAAUUUUUAGAUGAAACUUUGCCAUGUAUCAAACCAGUAAAUACCACAGUUAUGGAUGGCAAAAAGAACUUUUCCAAAAGACUGUUGAAGAAUAUCAAAAAGGUUAAAUCAAAAAAAGACAAACAGGAUGUUGCUCUGCCGUCCCAAUCGCCAUCAAAUUCUUCUCAUASCAAAGGCACCUUAAAAAAAUUUAUGACUCUAGGCCACUCGUCUAAGAAAUUGUUGAGGCCUAAAUCCAGUUAGAUCUUGAAUCAUAGUACUAUAAAAAGUUGCAAUUGGUGCAAUUAUUAUAACACUUUCAAGAUUGUAUAUUUUACUGGAUUGUCAAGAUUUGUAUUGAUUAAAUUUUAUGUUAACUGGCAACAAUUUGUUAAGUUUAUAUUAUUAAAUAUUUUUGUUGCAAUUAAUAGAGCCAUGUAGUUGUUAUAAAUUGUAUUAUUUGUGGCAUAGCUUAAAUAAUUUAACAUAUCACAUACUCAAAUACACAAUCAUAUGGAUUGCUAGA